AUGCCGCCGUCUUCGGCGGCUGAGGAUGGUCCGUCUAGGAAUGCCGCGCCCCCGUGUCAUAUCUCGAGCCCUCCGACACAGGCCGCAGAUCAGGGAGUAGAUUCCGAUUCGUCCGUUCGUGCCACGUCACCGUUUCAAACGGUGAAUUCCAGUCGGAUUCUGAGCACCGCCAGCGUACCCGCACAAACAGGGGUAGCUGCCGCCUUUUCGUGCUUCAGCUUCAAUGGCGGCGAUGGCGCAUCAUCAUGUGCAUCGGCCGAGGAAAACGAGAGGGAGAAUGGGGAGGAGGAGGCGAGAGAAGAAGGGAGGGACGCUGCGACGGAGACUGAGAGAGACGAUAGAAGUGAUCUUGAUUCGGCGGAGGGGGCGGAGGGGGAGGAGGGGGCAGAGUGCCGCGCGGAGGAGGCGGAGGGGGCAGAGGGGAAUGAGUCUGACGAUGGCGGGUAUGAGUUCCGCGCAUUGGAAGAAGAGGCGGAGGCGGAAAUGCUGGCGGAAUCGAUUGCGGGGGUCGCGGAAGAGGGGUCCGCGGAAGAGGCGAAAGGAUAUCAUGGGCGGCAGUCGUGGCUGACGAGUGUGGAGUGGUUUGUGUCGUGGCCGCUCAGACGACUCAGCCACCCGUGGCGCAAGCGAGUGCUGUGGCUGUGGGUGGUGAUAGCCGCAGCCAUCCUGUCGCUGGUGUUUGCAGUGGCAUGGCAGCACGCGCAGGCGAACGAGAGGGACGACCUGGAGGGGCACUGCGACGAGUGGGGGGCGUUCAUCGAAGCCAAGUUCAACACCACUGCUGCCAACACACGCUCUGUCUCGGACUUCAUCCGCGCCUAUUACCUCGAUAACAUGAGGGAGGACUUUCUCGAUGUGGAGAAAUUCCAGCGCUUCACUCAAGCCACUCUCGACGGUCGACCCAUGGCGUCAUUUGUGGGCUUCACACUCCUGGUCAACAACUCAUUCAUUCGCGACAUGGUGGAGACCAACGCCCGCCACUGCAUCUUCAUCCCCGAGCCCAAUGGCACGCUCUCCUGCCGCCCGCGCGACCUGCCGCUGUAUUCACCGCUGGUGAUCUUCAACUCUCGCAAGGAGUUCAAGACACGCGCGAACCUCUCAGCAGUCUGCUGCCUGGACGUCAUGGCAGACCCAGCGUUUAACGACACGUUCCACCGGGCCAUCGACUCAGCCUCCUCCGCCAUCUCCCCGCCCUUCGUCCGCGACAACUACCCCUACCAUUUCAUCGGCCAGGCCUUCCCAGUCUACUUCAACCUCACCACCUUCGCCCUGCCCCCCUCGCCCUCCCCUCCCUCCGUCAUCAUCCCCCCACUCGCCACCCCUGAGGACCUCCCCCGAGGGUUUGUCAUCGCCGGGUAUAACUUUGCAAACCUGCGAUCGCUUGCGGGGUUUCAGCAGCUGGUGGAGAUGAACGAGAGGGUUUAUCUGGUGGAUGGGACGAGGGGCAGGGCGUGGGAUGGUGCGAGGAAUGAGGAUGGGAAGGCUGUAAAAUGGUUGCCAGCGCUGCUGUUUGAUCAUGAAGGGGUGGUGGGAGAGGAGGAGAUUGGAGCAUGGAUGAUGGAUGGGAAGGAGCAAGAAGCGGGGAGAGUGCAACGGGAGGUGUACCUAGGUGAUCCGACGAGAACCUUCUAUCUUUUCUGCGAGCACAUCUCAUACACCAAGCCAUUCGGCCCGUUUAUCUGGAUUGUGGUGGCGUUGCUCUUCCUCUCCGUCUCCACCAUUCUCCUCUGGACGUGCAUCCAACUCAUGCAUGCCUUUGAGUGCGACUGUCAACACUUAGCUGCCGCCCAGCAUGAGCUACGUGCCGCCCGCUUGGAGGCCGAGGCAGCGAGCCGAGCCAAGGGGGAUUUCCUCACGACGAUGUCGCAUGAGAUUCGCACACCCAUGAACGGCGUCAUAGGCAUGCUGAACCUGCUGCUGGAAACCCCUCUGGACGGGUCGCAGAAGGACUACGCACUGACGGCGCAAAGCAGCGGGCGGGCGCUGUGUGCGCUGAUCAACGACAUUCUCGACCUCUCCAAGAUCGAGGCCGAGAAGCUGCAUCUCGAGCGCAUCCCGCUGGACCUCCGUGCCGAGCUCGACGACGUGCUCGCGCUCUUUGUGGAGAGCGUCCAGGAGAAGUGCUCUGUGGAGCUUGCGGCGUUUGUGGCCAACGAUGUGCCGGAGAUGCUCCUUGGGGACCCCCUCCGAGUGAAACAGAUCCUCAUCAACCUCAUCAGCAACGCCCUCAAGUUCACCACCAGAGGCCACGUCUUCAUCGCCGUGCGCCUUGCAACCGCCACCGACAGCACUAGCAGCGACGCCCCCCCGCCACUACCCUCCCCUUCCUCCUCCGCAUCCUCACAGCCACCCUCACGUUCACCAUCAGUAUCGCCGUCAGUAGAACCAUCACGUUCAUCAUCACUCUCUAAAGCACCGGCCGGCAGUUCCCAAUUGCGAGACAAAGGCUGCACCAAUUCAAGCAGACGGAGAGAGGCGGAGGAUCCAGCUGAGGGCGACGGGGGCACUGCUGCUGCUGCAGAGAAGAGGGGUGGCGGUAAUGGAGCCGUUUCGGAGGCAUCUGCUGAGCCUGCUGCGUGUGUGACGCUGAGUGGCCGACCAGCCAUGAAGACGUGGUGUUCCUGGGAGGGCAUGCGGGAGCACAUGGAUCUCACAGCAGUGGGCGUGGGCAUGGGCAUGGGCACGGCGAACUAUACCGGGCAUGGGGAUGGGUAUGGUGAUGGCGGGCAUGUCGAGGGAUGUGGUGGUGGGAAUGACGGUGGGCGUGGCAGUGGCAUCGUGGGGCCUGACCAGCCUGUGCGCCUGAUGGUGGCUGUGGAAGACACAGGUACCGGCAUCCCCCGCCAUGCUCGGAGUCACAUCUUCCGGCCGUACGCGCAGGCAGAGCGCAGCACGGCACGGCUGCAUGGAGGCACGGGCAUCGGCCUCUCCAUCUGCAAGCGCCUGGUCUCUCCUCCUCCUCGACACUCCUGCCACUUGCCUCAGCAGCAGCAGCAGCAGCAGCAGCAGCAGCAGGGAGCAUGUGGGCUAGAAAGUGGGAGCAGUGGGAAUGACGGGAGGACAGCACGGGGAUGGGAGGGCGUGUGUGUGGCGAAUGGUGGGAAUGACGGGAAGGUGGCCUGUGGGCUAGGCGGAGUGUGUGUGGUGAGUGGUAGGAGUGGUGGGAGGGCGGCACGGGGAUGGGAGGGCGUGUGUGUGGUGAGUGGUGGGAGUGGUGGGAGGGCGGCCUGUGGGCUAGAGGGCGUGCUUGUGGUGAGUGUGGACGACCGGCCGGUGCGGCAUGCCGUCACUCUCUCUCUGCUGCGCCGCCUUGGCAUCUGCACCCUCCCCUGCCCCUCCUUCCACCUCCUCCCCCGCCUCCUCGCCCAACACCGCUCCUUGCACCACGAGUCAUCAAGUCAUGUCAUGCCCGUUCCCACGGAGCAGCAGCAGGAGGAGAAGGAGCAACACAAGGCCGAGCUCACUUCUGAACCGUCUUUUUCUGCAAGAUACCUCUCUCACCUCCUCUCACCCACAGCCAUCCACCCCCCUCGUGCUCCUCGCACUGUUUCUCUCACUGCCUCAACAGCAGCACCCUAUGCUCCACCCUCUCAUACUCAUCCCCCUCCCCCCCGUCGCGUGAAGUCACACACUGCCCUGUCAAGCCUCCCACUACCCACCUCUCGACACUCCAUUGCACCUCAGAAACCCCACCCGCCAUCUUCUCUUGCUCCUCCCCCUCCUCGCCGCGUCAAGUCACACACUGCCCUGUCGUGCCUCCCGCUACCCACCUCUCAACUCUCCAUUGAGUACCUUCUAAAAACUUCCUCCACAGCUUAUGAAGCGCACGAAAACGCCCACCAACCGUUCUCUCUCGACCCUCCGCCUCCUCCUCGCCGCGUCAAGUCACACACUGCCCUGUCACGCCGCACACUACCCACCAUUCAGAGAUCCAUCGGAGCCCUUAUAGCCGCUUCCCCCACAACACGCCACACACCUCGUGAUCUGUCUCUGGUCCCUCUGCUUCUAGCCGACUCGUGUGCACAAGCCCACUCAGAACCAGCCAUUAACCACUCAUGUCAUCCUAUUGAGGAGAUAUUUCCUCCUCUCGAGCCUUCUGCUCCUCCUCUCGACCCAUUUGCUUCUACUCUUGACCCGCUUGUUCCUCCUCUUGAGCCAUUUGGCUCACCGGCUGUGCUUGUAGCUCCUCCACUUGCCGCCCUCCUUUCCCGCCAGUACUCCUGCCCUCCCAUCUCCGUCGCUGCCUGUCCUCCUUGCCCUCCCCUCUCCAUCGAUGUUCACUCCCCUAGUGCGAGAAGUGCAAGCGGAGGGGAGGAGGAGCAGCAGUGGCAUCAGCUGCAGCAGCGGCGGUGGCAGCAGCAGCAGGAACAAGCAAAGGAAUUGGAGGAGGAGGAAGAGGCGGAGGAGGAGGAGGAGGAGGACGGAGAAGCGGCGGAGGAAGAGAAGGAAGGAGAGGAGGAAGGAGGGGAGGAAGAUGGAGCGGGGAAGGUGCAGCGGGUACACUACAGGAGGUUGCGCGAGGCGCAACGACGGGGAUGGGUGGGAGCAGUGGUGGUGGAGGGGGAGAUGAUGCAGCGGCUGGGCGUCACAGCAGAUCAAAUCUACUCUCUUGUGUCAGGUCAGGCGAGAGUUGGGAUGACGGGGGAAGGCGAGCUAAUGAGAAAGAGAGACUGCAGCUGGCCUGUUCCUUCUCUUGUGCUUCUUCACGGCUCUUCUCCUCUCGCCCCCGACAGCUUCAUCCCUUACAAGAGGAAGGCUUAUAACGGGGACAGGGAGGGCGGCCGCAAAAGGCAAGCAGGAGGGGUAGAUGAAAGCGAAUCUGGGGGUGACUGUGCAUAUAAGCCAGAUGACCGUAGCUAUGAGUCGAAGGGUUGCCGAGGUAGCAACAGGAGCAAGAGCAGGAAAAGCUCGCCCCCUUCUCUGUCUCUCUCCCCUUCUCCGCCAAUUCCUGCCACUGAAUCUCACCUCUCUCCCUCGCCUGCGCUCUCACUCACACCCUCCCCGUCCAUCCCCUCGCUAUUGUCACUUGGCUUCGAUGCUGUUAUAAGGAAGCCCCUGCGGAAACCGGCGCUGCUGGCGGCGCUGCUGCCGCUGUUUAGUGCAGAGUCGGAGCAAGGUCAGUGUGAGCUUUCAGGAGGAGGAGCAGGAGGAGCAGGGGUAGCAGGAGGAGCAGGAGGAGCAGGGGUAGCAGGAGGAGGAGAAGGAGGCAAAAGUGAGGAUGUGGCACAGGGAGAGCUGAGGGGGGGAGAGGUGAAGGGGCAGUGGGGGGGUGGUGUGGUGCUGAGCCCGUCUGCCCUCCACAAGGCUGGCAGCAGCGCUGCAGCAGCCCUCUGGCGAGCUGUGACGUCCCCACGAUCACUCAAGUCUCCACGAUCACUCAAGUCUCCACAAUCACUCAAGUCCCCACGAUCACUCAAGUCUCCACAAUCACUCAAGUCCCCACGAUCACUCAAGUCUCCACAAUCACUCAAGUCCCCUCGAGCUCUCAAGUCCCCACAAGCUCUCAAGUCCCCCGGGGCACUCAGUUCCCCUCAGUCGCUCAUAACCUUUCCCUGUCCCUCCAAUACACCCACCACUCCCACCACGCCCAACAUUCCCACCACUCCCACCACUCCCACCGCUCCCACCACUCCCACCACUCCUUUAACUCAUAACACUCCCACCAUUCCCAGCACUCGCAACACACUGAGCACUCCCAAUUCUAACUCUCCCCAAUCCAAACAAGCAAGCUCCGUUGCUACGAAAAGCAUGUCACCCAAUGCAAGUGGUGGUCCCUCUGCUUCUCUAGCUGUGCAUCUCACACCCAACCUCCUCGUCCCCGCUGCUGCUGCUGCUGGUGGUGCAUCUGCUCCUGCUGCUACCACCGUUGCUGCUCCUGCUGCUCCUGCUGCUGCUACCGCUGCUGCUACUGAGGAUCAUCGACUCUCUCAGGAGCCGGCUGUACCGUCCCCGAGUGUCAUUCACGAUGCAUGCAAGGCCCAGGCAGCCCCUAACAUGUGCGCCCGAGGCAACGGAGUGGCGGUGAAGGAGGAGGAGGAGGAGGGAUGGCAGAAGUGCAGGGAUGGCAUGGAUGGUAAUGAUGGUAUGGAUGACAUGAUUGGUAUGGAUGGUAUGGAUGGUAUGGAUGGUAAUGAUGGUAUGGAUGACAUGAAUGGUAUGGAUGACAUGAAUGGUAUGGAUGACAUGAAUGGUAUGAAUGGUAUGAAUGGUAUGGAUGGCAACAUUGCCUCGUUGGCCAACCAAGUGGCUUCGCUUGAGCACCUUGCAGCAGCGACCACUGCUGCUGCUGCUGCUGCUGCUGCUGCUGCUUCGGCCGAUCUAACGUCCGCUGCCGAUGCUACUGCUGCUGCGUCGGUCAAUUUGACAUCUUCUGCCAACGCUAGUCCAGCCGCUUUGGUUGAUUUGACAUCUGCUGCUGUUUCUGGCUCUGCUGUUGCGAGCGGAAGUGUCGCUUUGGGAGGGCGAGUGCUGGUGAGGGGUGAGAGUCCUGAGGUAGCACUUUCUGAUGCGCUUCAGAAUGGCCAGCACUUUGUGGCACAGGGAGAGAAAGCUCUGGAGAGGAGCUGCAGUGCUGUGGAGAAUUAUUAUGAGUCACAUCAGGGGUUGCAGCACUAUGUGCCUCAGAGGGUGAAAGCUCUGGUAAGAAGCGGCAGUGCUGUGGAAAAUGUUCCUGAUUCGCCCCAGGGGUUGCAGCACUAUGUGCCUCAGGGGUUGAGAGCUUUUGUGAGGGGCGGAAGUGUGGUGGAAGCGGCUAGAGCAGCAGAGCGUAGGGCAGAGAUGCAAGGGCCAAAGGGUGAGAGGAGGGCAACAAAGCACGGGUCCGGGGGUGAAAGGGGAGCAGCUGGGAGGUUGCAUGGAAGAGAGAGCAAUCAACGGAGAAGCAGCGACGGACGCUAUGGUGCUUCUGGUGCUGCUGCUGCUGCAGCUGGUGGUGGUGGUGGUGGUCGAGUGGCCAGCAAGCUGCUGGAGAGGCACGGCGCGCGAGUCACCGCCGUGGAUGGCGGCAUCAAGGCGCUUCAAGCCCUCGCCCCGCCCCACCCCUACGACCUCGUUUUCAUGGACCUCCAGAUGCCGGGCAUGGAUGGGCUGGAGGCGACUCGCAGGAUCCGAGCGCGGGAGAGGGCUCAGGGCGGGGGGCAUGUGGCCAUCAUUGCGCUCACAGCGGAUGUGAUUGCCGGCACGCGCCACCACUGCUUUGCCGUCGGCAUGGAUGACUACCUCUCCAAACCCCUUGAGGAGGCACAACUCUCCAAGGCCGUCUGGCGCUGUCUCGCCAAUACAUGA